UGGUGCGGCUGUGGGGAGCAGGGCUGUUGCUUGGCGGGCCGGCGGCGGCGGGCGACUGGGGGCGUGAGGGCAAGCCCGGGGAGCGGCAGCUGAGUGGGCCGGUAGGAGCACCGGUUUCCUAAGGAUCCCGAGAGUGCAGAGUUCGGGACAGGGUCCCGGGAGGCGUGGGAAAGCCGCGGCCUCCCCUCAGGAGCGUGUGUGGGCCGGCCGGGCCCGUGUAGUGUGGGAGACAGCUUCAGGUAAAGCGUGCCCCGGCCGCUAGCUGCUGUCCCGGCCCGCAGGCCAGCCCGUCCUCCCGCGCGCGGCCUGGGCGGCCCCCUCCCUCCUCAGCUCUCGGCGCUGUCUGUCAGGCCCUUGUCCAGGCGGCUUGGGAGCAUCCGUUUCCUGGCCUUUUCCAGAACCGGAGGCUGCCCUGAGCCUGACAGCUGGGUGUGCGAUUUAGGUAGGUGAGCUGGUGGAACAAUAUGAAGAGGAGAAAAUAGAUUUUUAAGGAAAUUGGCCCACAGAAAGGAUGGCCUUCUUGGACAAUCCAACUAUCAUUCUAGCUCAUAUUCGGCAGUCACAUGUGACCAGUGAUGACACGGGAAUGUGUGAGAUGGUCCUCAUUGAUCAUGAUGUUGAUCUAGAGAAGAUUCAUCCUCCUUCAAUGCCUGGAGACAGUGGGUCAGAAAUUCAGGGAAGCAAUGGUGAGACUCAGGGCUAUGUAUACGCCCAGUCAGUCGAUAUUACCUCAAGUUGGGACUUUGGUAUUAGAAGACGCUCAAAUACAGCUCAAAGAUUAGAACGACUCCGAAAAGAGAGACAAAACCAGAUCAAAUGCAAAAAUAUUCAGUGGAAAGAAAGAAAUUCUAAGCAAUCAGCCCAGGAGUUAAAGUCACUAUUUGAAAAAAAAUCCCUCAAAGAGAAGCCUCCAAGUUCCGGAAAGCAGUCCAUAUUAUCUGUGCGCCUGGAACAAUGCCCUCUGCAGCUGAAUAACCCCUUUAAUGAGUAUUCCAAAUUUGAUGGCAAGGGUCAUGUAGGUACAACCGCAACCAAGAAGAUUGAUGUCUACCUCCCCCUGCACUCAAGCCAGGACAGACUGCUGCCAAUGACCGUGGUGACAAUGGCCAGUGCCAGGGUGCAGGACCUCAUCGGGCUCAUAUGUUGGCAGUAUACAAGUGAAGGCCGGGAGCCGAAGCUCAAUGACAAUGUCAGUACCUACUGCCUGCAUAUUGCUGAGGACGAUGGGGAGGUAGACACGGAUUUCCCCCCGCUGGAUUCCAAUGAGCCCAUUCAUAAGUUUGGCUUCAGUACUCUUGCCCUGGUUGAAAAGUAUUCAUCUCCUGGUCUGACAUCCAAAGAAUCACUCUUUGUUCGAAUAAAUGCUGCUCAUGGAUUCUCCCUUAUUCAGGUGGACAACACAAAGGUCACCAUGAAGGAAAUCUUGCUAAAGGCAGUGAAGCGAAGAAAAGGGUCCCAGAAAAUUUCAGGCCCCCAGUACCGCCUGGAGAAGCAGAGUGAGCCCAAUGUUGCCGUGGACCUGGAUAGCACGUUGGAAAGCCAGAGCGCAUGGGAGUUCUGCUUGGUCCGAGAGAACAGUUCAAGGGCAGACGGGGUUUUUGAAGAGGAUUCACAAAUUGACAUAGCUACAGUACAGGAUAUGCUUAGCAGCCACCAUUACAAGUCAUUCAAAGUCAGCAUGAUUCACAGACUGCGAUUCACAACUGAUGUGCAGUUAGGUAUCUCUGGAGACAAAGUAGAGAUAGAUCCUGUUACGAAUCAGAAAGCCAGCACUAAGUUUUGGAUUAAGCAGAAACCCAUCUCAAUCGAUUCUGACCUGCUCUGUGCCUGUGACCUUGCUGAAGAAAAAAGCCCCAGUCACGCAAUAUUUAAACUCACAUAUCUAAGCAAUCAUGACUAUAAACACCUCUACUUUGAAUCGGAUGCUGCUACCGUCAAUGAAAUUGUACUCAAGGUUAACUACAUCCUAGAAUCACGAGCAAGCACUGCCCGGGCUGACUAUUUUGCUCAAAAACAAAGAAAACUGAACAGACGUACAAGCUUCAGCUUCCAGAAGGAGAAGAAAUCAGGGCAGCAAUGACACUGGCCUCCAGCCGCAAUCUGUCGCCUAAGCUCGGAGCCUGCCUGCCAGGGCCAGGUGGCCCUAGAACCCACCCGUGUCCUGUAGGGGCUGGGGGCAGCCAGCCAGGGCUCAUGCACACGCGGCUGGUGGGCUCUCGGGGAAGCUGCGGGGGUGGGGGCAUCUUAGGCUGGAGCACCUGAUUGGCGGUGGCCCGGGACCAGACCAUCAUGAGGAAACACGCGCUGCCCAGCCAUCUUCACUGCCUGACGCCCCUGCCCGAGGUUGUACAUAGCCAUGCCAGACACGUCCUUGCAACUUGAUCAAAUCUCUUAAAGCAAACGAAGAACAAAAAUGUACAUUUCUCUUUUUUUUUUUCCUUUUAAUAAACAGGUGUGCUCUUUCUUGCGGUUGGAAUGAUGGGCCAUUCUUUGGGGUGGAGGAUUGAUGAUGUGAUUCGCUUUCAAAUCUGUUCCCAUAUUGAACAGGCAGAUUGGAAAAGCGAUGGUUCGAUUUCUCAGAAGAAAUGUUUAGGGCUUAGUCGAUAGUUUUAACUAUGCCAUUUGUUUAAUGAGCGUGUUUGCUUGGAGGCAAGUAUCCUACCAAAAGUCAGGAAUGAGGACCCAGCGUUAUUCGACCAAGGCUGUGACGUUAUUCUCCCUUUCCAAAGCCUUACCUCCCGGCGGCCCAGCCCCUCUCACUCCAGAGGCCUGGGGGGUUGGCGGUGGCUCCCAGCCUGAGCCACCUUUUAUAUUUCCUACUGGCGAGCUGACAGCUGGGCCUGUGCGCAGGUUUUCUGGACCAAGAGGAACCUGCUCCAUUAGACUUGAAGGCCUCGCCCCCCCCCCCCAGCUCCUCCCCUUACAGUGCCUGCCUAAGGGAGAGGACAGAAGCUGCUUCUGGCCAUGCAUCAGGGAGAAGGGGAGCAGGGGGAGGCCUGCAUCCCUGAGCCCCAUCCCUGAGCAGGGCACGCAAGGGUAGGCCCCCUGACACCACACCUCUGGGCCACACCAGAUGCCUCUGCAGACCUCGUCGGGGUCCCUUCAUGGGGACAUCCUUUCGUACUGUUCCUGGCCAGGGCUGCCAGUGUCUUACCGAGGACCUACAUUUAAUGCAUUUUUUAAAUCGCUGUACGGGAAGAGAUGUCUGAGCAGCAUCUCAAAGUCAACUGUAUUUCUUCGCACAGGGGUCAUUUUAAUGAAUUCCUCCUUCAUUCUGAUCUUUGCUCAGCCGGCAGGAGCUCCCUUUUCUAAGUCUUCCACUCCUAUCCUCCAGAAACAAAAGAAAUAUUAUUUGUAGCUUGCUAUCUGUAUUUGAAUUUUUAGCAAUUUUAUAUUUAGAUAUCUUUGAAAAAUGUAAAUGACUAAUUGGGUCAUUAAAUCUUGUGACAUAUUCAAUAUUAAAAUGAUAUUAAAAUAAAAGUCAUAAAUACCCUCUU